AUACCUGGAACAUGGAACAGCUGAAGCUGCUGCUGCUGCUGCUGUGGAGCUCAGGAGUCCAUGUAAAAGACAGAAACCGUCCAGCUGAGGCUGAUGAUGAGUUCAGAUUGGUGGGAGGAAGCUCUGGCUGUUCAGGUGGACUGGAGCUGAAACACCUUGGAGAAUGGAGACCAGUGGACGACGAUUACUGGAACAUUAAGUUAUCAACUGCAGUCUGUGAACGUCUGCGCUGUGGCUCUGCUAUUUCAUUGAAAGCAACAUCUGAGUCAUCAUUCAUAUCUGUCUGGAGGGUUGAAUAUGAAUGUUCCAAGUCUCCAUCAGACUUGAAGAACUGCUUCAGGUCCUCUUAUGCUUCCUCUUUCAUUAUUCUCACAUGUUCAGACGGGGUGCGGCUGCUGAAUGGAUCCAGUCGUUGUUCAGGCAGACUGCAGGUGAAGACUAACCCAUCUGACCAGACCUGGUCCUCAGUGUGUGAAGCAGCCCUGGACCUGCACGAUGCAGAGGUGGUGUGUCGGGAGCUGGGCUGUGGGGCUCCUUCAUUCCUGCAGGGGGCGCUCUAUGGAGACGUGCAGACUCCCAGGUGGAGCCCAGAGUUCCAGUGUGGAGGCCAUGAGUCUACUCUCCUGUACUGUAGAAGCUCAGGCUCAGCUAGAAGCAGCUGCUCAACUGGUAAAGCUGCUGAACUCACCUGCUCAGGGACCGAUGAGUUCAGGUUGGUGGGAGGAGCCAGUCGCUGUGCAGGAAGUCUGGAGCUGAAAUAUCUUGGUGAACAAAGACCUGUGGAGAAUGAUGGCUUCACCAUGAAGACAGCAGCUCUCAUCUGUGAACAGCUGAACUGUGGCUCUGCUGUUUCUUUCGAAACAACAGAUGUUUCAGAGCAAUUUAUGUGGUUUAUCCACCCAGGAUGUUUUCAGUCUCCAUCUGAUCCAUGGAACUGUCUGGAGUCAUGGAGCUCCUCUUACACCCUGAAACUCACCUGCUCAGCUCCAACAAGUGAGAUCAUCAUAAACGUGGUCCUGGCCCUGUCUGCCCUGCUGCUGCCUCUCCUGCUGUGUGCUAUCUUGUUAUGCCAAAAGGCCAACAGGAGGCAGACCAGCAGACCGGCAAACCCGGCGGGCAUUGAGCUGAGAGCAAUGGAGGGAUGAAGUCGGUCCUCUGAACCUUCCUACUGUGGAAGACAAGAUGUUUUUUAUGAGCUUUCUCCCAAAAUGAUGAAUCUGAUCACGUUCC